AUGGCUCCACGCAAGCGCACAGCUGCACACAGUGACGCCGCCGCCGUCCCCAGCCGCGCCCUCCCGACCGAACUCAUCCUCCGCGUCUUCAGCUUCAUCGACGAAACCGCAAUCGCCGACCGUCGCGCCGCCUACCGCGCCCUCGCACUCGCCAGCAAGCAUUUCUACUCGCUCGCACAGCCCCGCCUCCACCGCGCCAUUUGCGCCGACAUCAUCUUCGCCGUUCGACGCCGCGACCCUGUCCUCGAGUCGACUUUCCACGCCCUCGACAAGUCGCCCGAGCUCGCGGCAUGCGUCGAAACUCUCGAGCUCACGGUCAAGGCGGGCAACCUCGGAGAAAGGACGGGAGGAAUGGCGAAGAGUCGUAUCCCGGCGAUGCCCAACCUGCGCAAGGUCGUCGUCAAGCCCGAAGUGCCAAACAAGUGGAGCUACCAGACCCCCCUCAACCUCGUCCUCGUCGCCCUUGGCUCCGCCGCGCCAAAGAUCGAGUCGCUCGACCUCAGCGGCCUCCCCGUCGGUCCCGACGAAUCCGCAGCGCCGUUCCCGGCCUGGCAUCGUCGCUGGUACCAGACGGACGACAUUUCGCGCGCCCUGUUCGAGUUUUGUUGGCAGGGCAAACGCCUCCGAGACGCUUUCCCGAAGCUCCGUGAGCUCAAGCUGGCGAAGAACGGAUGGAGGCGGUUGUCGGAUGGUCAAUGGCUUGUCAAGGAUCUCAAGGACUAUGGUGUCAAGGUCGUCCUCGUGUGA